UGUUUAGCUCAGCAAAAAGGGAAAUAAGUGCUCAGCGUCCCCCAAGAGAUUGAUGGUUCCGACUGAGCAAAAUGGUGGCUGGGCGCUGAGCUGAGCAGAGUGGCAGUGUAUAGAUCAUGAAGGAAUCAAGGCGGUCCCACUCUGAAGGCUGAAUGAUGAGGCAAACUUCCCUGUGGCUGGAGUGAAACAGCGGCAACGGUUUAGCCAGGCAAAAUGGGGGAGUGGCAGAGGAUCUUUGUGCAAAACCUGACGGUCCCUCCCCACAAUCAGAGGCGUCGCCACCCACUGUCCCGGGACUCCAAGGCGUUCCAGUGCGUCCUGAAGCAGGUGGAGGGAAACAUAAUGAAACAGAGAGCACCGAACCAGGGGUCAGAUGUUGAAUUCCAGCUGCGUCUCUCCCUUUUUGAUGUUACGUACCGCCAUUUUUUUGGAAAGACCUGGAGGAGCGCUACGAGGCCUCUCAAAGUUGUGCCAGGACAGCCCCCCACAGUGGUCUUCAAUGAGACUGUCUAUUUCCACACAUCUUUGGAUCAUCCCAGCAUCAUUCUUGUCGUGGAAGUGGUGGCUUCGAUCCAGAGGCAGGACAAGACUUUCCAGGACCUGUCAUGCGGCUUUGGAAUCCUGCGUUUGUUUGACAGCAAGGCUGAACCAACCAACCUGGGCUUGAAGGAGAACGGGCUCAGUUUGUAUCACGGGACUCCCAGAGCCCUGCUGCACCCACUGUUCCAGGAGCCGAUAGAAAAGAACACAUAUCUGACCGUGAUGGACAGCGGCCGCCUUCAGUGUGCCUUGCAGCCACACCCACUCCUAGAAACUAUCUGUCACCUCCUUCCAGAAAACACCCUUGUGUCCAGGCUGCAGAGAAUCCCCGGAGUGUUGACAACACAGGAAGAAGACGUCUUCCACAAACCACGCCUCAUGAAGACAGUCACGUGGUACUUGGAGAAGCUAUCCAUCCACCUGUACCCUUCGUUGGAGAAAUUUGAGGAGGAACUGUUGGAUCUUCUCAUGAGCGAUCAGAAUAUCUUGAUGCUGCACGGGAAUGCGCUUGCCGUGCAGGAGCGGCGGCUGCACAUCGGGGUGCACAACGGCUUUUGCUUUGUGCAGCCCCCGCAAGUUGUGGUGGUGGUGCCGGAGACCGAGGUGACCCGGGGACAUUUUGGAAGCCUGCCCAGGAAACCAAGGGCCAGUACCAAACCCAGUUUGGAGGGACAAGCUCUGGUCCUACGAAGCCGCAUCCAUUUGGCAGAGAUGGUUCGUCACCCAGCAUUCGGAGUUGUCUUCCAGUUGGAGUACGUCUUCUCUGCAGCAAGUGGAGCAGACGGGAAGACGUCAUCUGCUACUUCUCUGACCACACCGGCUUACAUGCAUUCCAUUCGCUGGGCGGUUUGGAACCCCUCGCUGGAUGUGAGCUCCUCUGAAGUGACCCUCCCCUUGCAAGGAGGUCCCAAGCGUAAUCCCAGCCACGUUUUGGUUUACAAGACUCCAUCAACCUCCAUGAGCUCCGAAGAGGUGAAGCAAGUUGAGCCUGGGACUAUCCAGUUCUACUUUUCCACCGGCUCCGACGAACGACUCAGGCCUGCUACAAAACCCUUAAGCAGCACAAAGGCAGAGCCGCCUCUCUCCAGGAAUUCUCCUACGUCAUUCCCCAGGUCUCCACCUUCUCCUCGGAUGUUAGCAACCACUCAAGAUUUUAUCCAAGGCCCUGGGCUGUCAAUCUCCCAGCUCUCCGUGUCUCCAGAGGACCGUGCCUGCAAACCUCCGCUUCCACCCUCUAACCGUGCUGUGCGCUCCCAUUCCUUGGAGGCUCUGGAACGAGCACACGAGGACAGCCCGCAGGGAGGCAUCAGCCACUUGGAGUACGACCUCAGCUGUAGCUCGCCGAUUCAGGAAUCCUCCUCCAAUGACCAGCUCCAGGAGUUGCCGUUCACACCCAUUCACAUGCCCAUUAUGGCUCUCGGGGCACGCUCGGGAAGCUCUAGCACCAGCCUUUCGCGGGCUUCUCUCGCCCGCUUGCGUGCGUUUGGAUGCCCUGAGAUCCUGGACUGCAACAAGGAGCCUGCCCAAGUUGUGGAUCCCGCGGACCCCGUGAACUUUGACCCGCAGCGGGAAGAAGCCGACCUCUUGCAAAGCAAUGAAAUCAUCUUUCAGUUUCUUGCAUUCACAAGGACCUCUCAGGACGGCGCAACCUCGGCGAUGUGGUCGAAAACCAUCUAUUUCACCUUCCAGUUUUACCGGUUCCCUCCAGUCACUACCCCACGUCUGCAGCUGGUCAAGGCAGAGGCCUCUGGGACCGUUCCUUCAGCUGCCUCUUCUGAUAUCUUGGUGCAAAUUAACCAAGAUGGAACCCCCAACCUUGGUUCCUCAGGCUUGCAGUUGAAAUACAUGGUGGAUCCUAGUUCUCUCAAGCCGGGAGAACAACGGUGGUUUAUCCGUUACCUCGCUGAGCAUUCCCUGCAGAUAGACGCCUGGGAUGGGGAUUCCUUGCUUCUCGUGGGAUCGGCUGCUGUGAAGCUGAAGCAUUUGCUCCGCCAGGGCCGGACGGCUAUUCAAGCCCACCAUGACCUGGAGGUCAUCACAAUGGAAUACAAGCAGGAUGUGCCAGUGAUGAGCAGGGAGCUUCUCAGGCCUGGGGGCAUGAAGCCUAUCGGAGUCCACGCUACCGUGAGGGGCAGGCUCCAUCUGAGCCUGGCUAAUGUCGGCCACCUGUGCAAGCAGCGGCUGAAGAAAUCCAACUCCUUGCCUCCUUCCCGCUCCCGAAUCGUGACUGCGCACGAUGGAACCAGUGGCUUUCACGGGGGCAGCUUGCUCUCCAUCAACCCUCACAGCUCUGGGAAUGUGUGCCAGGCACAGAAGCUGGCUGAGGUGGACAGCGAACUGGCGGCCAUGUUGUUCUCCCGCUUAAGCGAAGUCAGCACGGCCUUCCAGCACUCCCACCGCGAGGCCAGCAUCAUCCGGAGGAGGAAGGUGGAGAGGAUGCUGUCCGUGAGGAGGCGGGAGUCUCAGGAAGGAGAUUGCAGGAAGAAAGCCAGCUUCGCCAUGGGACGACACGAGGACCGAAUCCAGCAUUUGCGAGACCUGCAAAUUAUCGAGGCCUACCGGGAGCGCAUCAAAGCAGAGAGCAUUGCCAGCAUGCUGAGCCAGGCUAUCACCACCCACCACACUCUAUAUGCCAUGUUUGGUACCACUGAGUUUUUUGAGUUUGUCCUGAAAAACCCAUACGGUGUCCAGCACACGGUCACCAUCGAGACUGACAACCCAGAGCUCAGCGUCAUUGUGGAUUCCAGAGAAUGGAAGCAUUUUAAGGAGCUGACUAAAACUGUCACGCCACUGGAGGAGGACAUGUUUCAUCUACAUGAGAACCUGAUGCCUCAGGUCUACCUGCGUCCCAAGGAGACAGUGUACAUCCCCUUUAAAUACCAAGCCUCUACCAUGGAGCAUGGAGCCAUGAUGCAGCAAGGUCCCACUGAGCUGACGUUCAGGGACGGCAGGAAGGAAGCAGCAGCCCCCUGGAAGUCUGGUGGCAUGCAGGCAAAACACAUCAAGGUCUCUUUCACGACAACCGGCAGCAGCAAGCCCAUCGCCGUCCUAAGCGUGAACGUGGAAUUCCAGCCGCAUGUGGUGGAUCAGACCUUCCGCUUCUACCACCCAGAGCUCACGUUCCUGAAAAAGUCCAUCCGCCUGCCCCCCUGGCACACGCUUCCAGGAGCCCCAGCUGGAGUGCCAGGUGGAGAACCAGAGAUGUACGUGCGCUGCAGUGAUCCCAACAUCAUCUGCGAGACCAAGAAAAUGGGGCCAGGCGAACCACAGGACAUUUUUCUAAAAGUUGCUGGUGGACCAAGUCCACAGAUCAAGAGAUUCUUUGUGGCGAUCUACACGGAUCCCUUCCUGGCCGUCCCAACUCAGAUCUGGCAGUUCUACCUCCACUCUCUGCAGCGGGUGGACGUUGGCUGCAUAACAGGACAGCUGACCCGCCUCUCGCUGGUUCUCAGGGGGACUCAAGCCAUUCGGAAGGUGAAAGCAUAUUCCUCGCAGCCCCAGGAGUUGAAGGUGGACCCAGAAGGCAUCUUCAUCCUCCCUGCCAAUGGGGUGCAGGAUCUGCACAUCGGCAUCAGGCCCCAGAGGCCCGGCAGCCAGUUUAUCUACCUCAACCUGGUGGAUGUCGAGUACCACCAGCUCAUCUCGUCCUGGCUGGUGUGCGUCUCCUGCCGACAGCCUCUCAUCUCCAAGGCUUUUGAAAUCGCGCUUGCUCCCGGUGGGGGCAAAGGUUCGAACAAGAGGAUCACCUAUUCCAACCCCUACCCAACCCGGAGGAUGUAUUUUCUGCACACCAACCGUCCAGACCUCUUGCAGUUCAAAGAAGAUUCUUUCGAGAUUGGCGGAGGGGAGACCUACACCAUCGGCCUGCGGUUUGCCCCCAGCCAGAGUGCUGGCGAGGAGGAAAUCCUGAUUUAUAUCAAUGACCGUGAAGACAAGAACGAAGAGACCUUCUGCGUGAAGGUCACCUAUCAGUGACUGCGGUGGGUAGGCCCGCAGCCUUGGCUUGGUCGCUCUUCUGCUCUCCAGUGAUCCAUCAAACAUCCCCAGAGGCACAGCACAGUUUCUUUUACAAUUCCUGGCCGCCAAUAGGCCGCGUGCCCCUGAAGCGUCCACUGUUCACAAGUCUGCAGAGAGCAAAGGAGAGAGGCCUCCUCCUCCUCCUCCCCCCCCCCCGGCACCGGAGAGACACGUGGCCCCCUCCUUGUGCCCGCAUCCAAUCAAGCCCCUGCCAAGGCCGUCUGAUUGAUUGCCCGGACGGAUUCCUCCGACGUCAGCGCAACCUCCAAACGACGACGCGGCCGAGUCGUGUCUGUCCCCUCCCUAGCUCUGAAUCGAAAAUUCAUUUCUCUUGCUGUGAAAUGUCACUCGUUCGGGGAAGGCCGCUGUGGGCUUGCAGACCUUUAACACGAUUCAAGCUGGUUUGCAGAUUUGGUGGGUUUUGUAGCAUUAUUAUUUUUUCCCUCCGCAUAGGUUUGUUCUUUUUUUUAAAAAAGGAAAAUAAAAGGAGAGCCACUUGCGGGUUCCGAAUCUUUGCUGCUACAUGGAAGAUACAAUUUAGGAUGGAGAGAGAAAGGGGAGGGGGAGUCUUCUGUACACUAUGAGAAGGUGGGGGAACUUAUUUUCAUAGGUAGGCAGGCUGAGAGCCAGCGUAAUGUGGUGGUUAAGAACAGGUGCACUGUAAUCUGGAGAACUG